GCCACGCGCUAACAGAUAAACGGCAGAACAGAUGCGGCUGUAUCCAGACGCCUUCGGAUUCUUCUCCCGGCGGAGUCGAGGUCCUAGGUGACAGCAUACGCCUCUCGUGGCGCUGCCGUUCUUUAGCACAUCUGAACACGUGCACGACUGGUUAUUUCGCUAUGAGGAGCUCUGUGACGCUAUACCUGGUGCUGAUGCUGGCAGCUCGAGCUACAAAUUCUGCCAGGAUUCUGGCCAUCAUCCCGACUCCGUCCAUCAGCCACCAGCUGCCUUUCCGACUGAUAGCCCUCGAGCUCGCCAGAAGAGGCCACCAGGUCACACUCAUCACAGCGGACCCCAUAAGAAAAAAUAUCCAGAAUUACACAGAAAUUGAUCUGUCGGCAACGUAUGAAUACUGGAAGACAUCAUUUGACUUUGUAUCAAUGGCAGACAAAAGCCCAAUGGAAGUGAUGAGUGACUGGACUCCUGCUGGAAAGGCGAUUUGCGAGAUCCAGUUAGAGUCCCAACAGAUUAAGGAUUUCCUUCGGUCCCAACAAUCUUUCGACGUAAUAAUCAUAGAAAAGAUAAUGUAUUAUUGCUAUUAUGGCUUGAUUCAUCUCCUGGGAUACCCACCAACAAUUGGCUUCGUAUCUCUGGGCGCUCCCGCUGCAGUACUGGAUUCUUUUGGGAAUCCCAACAACCCGGCAUACUCUCCCGAUAUCAUGCUUGGGUAUACAGACCACAUGUCCUUCUGGCAAAGGCUGUAUAAUGCGUACCUUAUAGUACAAUAUACUUACAUAAUGAACUACGAAGUGAUACCAUCGCAAAAUGAACUCGUUAGGAAGUAUUUUGGUCCCGGUAUCCCCCAUAUAUACGAAAUCGACAGAAACUUCAGCCUCCUUCUUGCAAACAACCACUUCAGCGUCAACUAUCCGCGACCGCUGCUGCCUAAUAUCAUCGAGUUGACGGGACUGCAUCUGGAGAAAGAGCGGAAGCCACUUCCUAGGGAUAUCCAAAAUUUCCUUGAUGGUGCAACAGAUGGUGUGAUUUACUUCAGCCUCGGCAGCAAUGUGAAAAGUGUUGCAUUGCCAGAGCAUAAGAGGCGAGCGUUCCUCGAAGCUUUCGCGCAGCUGCCUCAGCGGGUGCUCUGGAAGUGGGAGGUGGACAGCCUGCCUGGACAGCCGGAGAACGUCAUGAUAGCCAAGUGGCUGCCCCAGCAGGACGUCUUGGCACAUCCAAACAUUCGUCUGUUCAUCACUCAGGGAGGACUCCAGAGCAUGAAUGAAGCAAGUUACUUCGCAGUGCCUCUGAUUGGCAUUCCUUUCAUAGGAGAUCAAGAGCACAAUGUGGCUAAAAUGGUGCAGGCAGGAAUUGGGUACCGUCUGUCAUUCAAAGAUGUCACUACCGAUACCGUUCUGAAAGCAGUUCACACAGUUCUUGGAAAUGAUAGCUACCGAGAGAACAUGAAGCGACUCUCAGCAGUAUUCCGUGAGCACCAAGAGAGGUCCCUGGACAGUGCUGUGUGGUGGAUCGAGUACGUGAUACGUCACAACGGUGCUCCGCACAUGCGCAGUGCAGCCCUCGACCUGAGCUGGUGGCAGCUGCUGCUGCUCGAUGUCAUCGGAUUCGUUGUUGCAGUGGCGUCCGUGGUGGUCUAUUUGCUGUACAAGACGGCCUGCUAUUGCAAGAGAUUCGUGGCUCUUAAACUGAAGGUGAAGACUUUGUGAAACUAAUUUUGGAGGAGUCUCAUGUAUUCGUACCAUAGAUUUUGACUACAGCCAAUGUGGAGAGAUAGGCUUCAACGAAACUUCUAUGGCACGGUGCGACGUACUGUCAAUCCUAAGGGCCCGGGUUCGAUUCCCGGCUGGGUCGUAGAUUUUCUCCGGUCAGGGACUGGAUGUUGUUUGUCCUAAUCAUCAUCAUUUCAUCCCCAUCGACGCCAAAGUGGUGUCAAAUCGAAAGACAUGCACCAGGCGAGCGGUCUACCCGACGGGAGGCUCUCGUCACACGCCAUUAUUUUAUUAUAUUAUGUUUUGUUUUCACGUGAUACUCCGAUAAAAAGUAUUCAUUCCUGCUGUGCAGGUGACUAGUAUGUGACUCUUUGUAUUUAUUGAAAUACUGAAUGUAUUAUUUACAAAAUAAAA